AUGACAGGCUCUUCGUUAGAGAACGGUUCCACGGAGCCCAAUGAAAGAGAGGCAUUGCUUGGUGACAUUGCCCGCAGUAACUCCACCCUCCGUCCGCGACAGCAGAAGCGUACUCAUCAUUGGUCUCACUGGCCCAGGCGUGUGGCUCAUUUGACUUGGUCGACACUCGUCCGGGAUUAUGUCAAUGUCCUUCUCGUUUUUGUGCCCCUGGGCAUCGUCUCUGGUGCUCUCCAUUGGGACAGCACGGUUGUUUUUACCUUGAACUUUCUGGCGAUCAUCCCAUUGGCCUCACUCUUGAGUUUUGCGACUGAGGAGCUGGCAGCUACCAUGGGCCAGGCCCUGGGUGGUUUGAUGAAUGCCACCUUUGGCAAUGCUGUGGAGUUGAUUGUUAGCAUCAUUGCCCUGAAAGAUAACCAAAUCCGCGUGGUUCAGGCUAGCAUGCUUGGUAGCAUCUUAUCGAAUAUUCUGCUUGUUCUUGGCUGCUGCUUUUUUGUCGGCGGGCUCAAGUACUCGCAGCAAUCCUUCAAUAGCACGGUAGCAUCGACAAUGUCAUCCUUGAUGACGGUUUCGUCUGCUUCGCUGAUUAUCCCCGCUACUCUUUACGCCUCUUUGAGCGGCUCCGGCGACGAAAAGAAACGGCAUGACAAUAUUCUGAUUCUAUCGCAUGGAACUGCUAUUAUUCUUUUGAUUCUCUAUGUCAUGUACCUGUAUUUCCAGCUUAAAUCGCACGCGGAACUCUUCGAAGCAGCCAACGACGAGCUCAACGAAGCCGAGAACCAGGCAGGCGAAACCGAGGAAGCUGAGGAGGAGCAUUUGCUCAGUCCGUGGGCAGCCACUGUUGCGUUGAUUGUCGUCACAAUCAUGGUUGCCAUUUGCGCAGAUUAUCUGGUUGGCAGCAUUGACAGUAUUGUGCAGACGACUGGCAUGAGCCGCACGUUCAUCGGUCUUGUUCUUAUUCCCAUUGUUGGAAACGCUGCGGAGCAUGUCACCGCUGUGGUUGUCGCCUGGAAAGGAAAAAUGGACCUUGCCAUUGGCGUUGCCAUUGGAAGCAGUCUUCAGAUCGCCCUGUUUGUCACGCCGUUCCUCGUCAUUCUUGGCUGGAUCAUGGAUGUGGAUAUGACUCUGCACUUUCAUAUCUUUGAGACCAUGGCUUUCUUCAUAUCUGGGUUGGUGGUGACAUUCCUGAUUCAGGACGGAAAGUCCAACUAUCUCGAGGGUGGACUGUGCUUGGGAAUGUAUCUAAUCCUGGCACUUGCAUUCUACAUCUACCCAGAUGAUGUCAACGAGGAUGCCCUAUUUCAUAUCUGA